GAAAAUAUUUAAGCCCGCGGUCUCUUCCCCUUGUAAGUCACGUAGCGCAGGUCAGGAAUGGCUUGGCUUCAAAAUGUGGCUUUUUUUUCCUGCUCCCUCCUUCAGCUGCACUUUUCCCGCGACACACUUCAGUCACAAGAUGAAUGCAGUCAGCUACAGCAUGACAUAGACAAGCUAUAGACAGUUGAGAGAGGAAGAAGUCAGUGGCACCCUCACCUCAGACAAGACAAAGCUAACAAUUGAUAAUGAAAGCGGUGCCAGAGAAGCGAUGCCUUCACCCACGCAGUUUUCACCACGAUGGAGGAGUGCCCACACUUCCAGGACCUUACUGUUAUGAGGUUCCUGAAGACCCUACUUGAGCACAACCGCCGAGACAUUCUCUCCAAGCCGGAGAAGUUUGUGCGCCCGAAGCCAGGGAGUGAUGCUGCUAAGACCUUCACUGUCUAUCCAGAGGGAUCCGCAGGUGCUGGUGGUGGAAUCUUGCUUGGACAGUGUGCCUGUAACACACAGGCACAUUUCUCCAAAAGGUUGACGCUGUGCUGCCGGUACUGUCGCCUCAGCUUCUGCGUCAGAUUCAGAACAGAGACUUCAGCAGAGAGAGUGAGUGGGAGAAACGCUACAACCGCUUUGCCCACUCGAUGAUGCUAGACCAGCAUGUGGAGUACGGGAGCAAGAAUGGGUUCUGCCGUGCCGUUUGUCCUGCCAGAUUCCCGGAGGAGAGUGAUGGGUGAUGUUGAAAUUUCUCACGGGUGGAAGAGUUCAACAUCAACACGUGGAAGUUCCGAGAAGUGAACCCAGCGAUAACGAGGAGCCUGGAGGAUGAACUGGAUCUGUCUAACUGGGAGCCUGUUGCUGAGACUCUUGGCCUCACCAACUCACAAAUAGAGGGGUGGCCAAGGACAUGAGUGAGAGCGGUGCCUGAGAAGCGAUGCCUUCACCCACGCUGUGUUCACCACGAUGGAGGAGUGCCCACACUUCCAGGACCUUACUGUUAAGAGGUUCCUGAAGACCCUACUUGAGCACAACCGCCGAGACAUUCUCUCCAAGCCGGAGAAGUUUGUGCGCCUGAGUUGACGCUGUGCUGCCGGUACUGUCGCCUCAGCUUCUGCGUCAGAUUCAGAACAGAGACUUCAGCAGAGAGAGUGAGUGGGAGAAACGCUACAACCGCUUUGCCCACUCGAUGAUGCUAGACCAGCAUGUGGAGUACGGGAGCAAGAAUGGGUUCUGCCGUGCCGUUUGUCCUGCCAGAUUCCCGGAGGAGACCAGCAGCAGCAGCAGCAGCAGCAGCAGCAGCAGCAGCACACAAGAGGUGUUUUCUGUAUGAUGAUGAUAAUGGAAAAAACAUGUUAUAAGCAGGGCAACGUAAUGAAAUUCAGUGAAUGGACGUGUGUGCGUGGCUGCAAUCACUAUGAAAUUAAGUUGAAAAUAAGAAAUAUAUUACUUUACAGAAAGGAAUGCUUAGAGUGAAUGAAAUUACUGUAAUGAAUGAAUGGAAAUAAAGUUGUGAGUCAUUAAAUGAUUAGGAAAAGAAGCUGUGAAUAGGUGCAUUAUUGUUAUUACUGAAAGGAAGAAUAUUUGUAGGAUAUGUCAUGUAUAUUAUCAAAGUGUUUUCAUUCUUACUUUCUUCUUUCUCUUUCAUCUUUUCUUAGUAUAUUUAAGUGAAUUUCUCUCUCUCUCUCUCUCUCUCUCUCUCUCUCUCUCUCUCUCUCUCUCUCUCUCUCUCUCUCUCUCUCUCUCUCUCUCUCUCUCCAGCCAUCUCUUCUCUCUCCUUCCAUCUUUUUCUUAGUAUAUUUAAGUGAAUUUCUCAGAUCUCUCUCUCUCUCUCUCUCUCUCUCUCUCUCUCUCUCUCUCUCUCUCUCUCUCUCUCUCUCUCUCUCUCUUUCUUUCUUUCUUUCUUUCUUUCUUUCUUUUUCUUUCUUUUUCUUUUUCUCUCUCUCUCUCUCUCUCUCUCUCUCUCUCUCUCUCUCUCUCUCUCUCUCUCUCUCUCUCUCUCUCUCUCUCUCUCUCUCUCUCUCUCUCUCUCUUUCUUUCUUUCUUUCUUUCUUUCUUUCUUUCUCUCUCUCUCUCUCUCUCUCUCUCUCUCUCUCUCUCUCUCUCUCUCUCUCUCUCUCUCUCUCUCUCUCUCUCUCUCUCUCUCUCUCUCUCUCCAGCCAUCUCUUCUCUCUCCUUCCAUCUUUUUCUUAGUAUAUUUAAGUGAAUUUCUCAGAUCUCUCUCUCUCUCUCUCUCUCUCUCUCUCUCUCUCUCUCUCUCUCUCUCUCUCUCUCUCUCUCUCUCUCUCUCCAGCCAUCUCUUCUCUCUCCUUCCAUCUUUUUCUUAGUAUAUUUAAGUGAAUUUCUCAGAUCUCUCUCUCUCUCUCUCUCUCUCUCUCUCUCUCUCUUUCUCUUUCUUUCUUUCUUUCUUUCUUUCUUUCUUUCUUUCUUUCUUUCUCUCUCUCUCUCUCUCUCUCUCUCUCUCUCUCUCUCUCUCUCUCUCUCUCUCUCUCUCUCUCUCUCUCUCUGUCUCUCUCUCCAGUAGUCAGUAGUCAGUGAGGAGGUAGUAGCAAGUAGUGUUCAAGUAGCCUUAGUAAUAGAAUAGUUUGGCUUGCAUGGCAGUGGUUAAGACAUCUACCCUCUCACAUCGUUGGGGUGAGACCACUUGCUUCAUAUGAGCCAAAUGGGGUGACUCCUCCCCUCCCCACCCCUCCCUGUCAAUCUGUGGGUGAGUGUUGCCCAUGCAUCUUUAAGGAGAUCAAAUUUGAGAGGUACAUUUUGCUUAUCCCUUCUGAUUAUGCAGGAUUCAACCAUUAAUUUCAUCUCUAUAAAACUCUAUGGGUUUCACUUGCCAUAGACUUGUGGGAUGAAACAAGGGAGAGCAUUUUGCAGUCUCUCUUUUUUUCAUCUGUGUUACAGUCUAUGGGUUUCACCUGCCCAGGUUGGUGGUGGUGGUGGUGGGGUGGGGUGGGGGAGUUCUAAUGCUCUGAGUGGUGCCCUGCUGUAGGUUGUCAAAAGAAAAAUUUAUUAUUAUUAUUUUUUUUUAUUGAUUUUGUUAUUGUUCUCAAGUUCUCAGUAUUAUUAAAACCAGCACUAACAUCUUAUUUUACAGAUCAAUCAAUCAAUACUAUUUCCAAUAAAUAUUUACUAAAUGUUAUUAUUGUUUUAUUAACACUCAAACUACAUUAAUGAUGAGAUGAGUAGAGAGAUUUUGUUUUGGGGUGAGGGAAAAAUUGUGCUUUUGUGAUUUAGAAGGAAGCAUAAAUUGUGUGUUUUGUUGAGUUAAAGGGUAAUUUUAGUAACUUUAGAAGACAAAGGAAGAAAUUGUGUUUGUGAUUUGUAAUAAACACAGGAUGAGGCAGAAAUGUGUGUGUGUGUGUGUGUGUGUGUGUGUGUGUGUGUGUGUGUGUAAAAA